CUAUAGUAGUAUAGUUUGUCUGCUAGAACGUGGAAUAACAAAAAGUCAAUAUUCGGUGGUGGGAAAUAAUAAAUCGUCAUGGUGUUUUGCACAGUCUUACGAUUCUGUAAAGUAAGGGGAAAGAGUACCGGGAAAUUUAUUGACUCUUUAAAACUGACUAUACGUGGUGGUCCCGGUGGUAAUGGCCAUCCAAAAUAUGGUGGUAUUGGUGGAAAAGGAGGGAAUGUAAUUUUUGUUGCUGAUGAAGAAAUGACACUUAAAAAAGUCCUUCAUAAAGUUCCUACAAGAUUAAUUAAGGCAGCUGAAGGAGAAAACAGUCAUGCACACAGAUUGUGUGGUGUAAACGGAGCUGAUUUCAUAUUACCAGUUCCUACUGGUGUAACAGUGAUUUCCCAAACUGGAGUUAAAUUAGGUGAACUAAACAAAACAGAUGAGCAAGUUGUGGUUGCUAAAGGAGGAAUUGGAGGACAACCAGCUACUCAGUUCAAUGGCCUUAAGGGAGACGACCUUAAAAUUACCCUUGACUUAAAGUUGAUAGCUGAUAUUGGUCUUGUAGGUUUUCCAAAUGCUGGGAAAUCAUCUUUAUUAAAAGCCAUAUCCAAAGCCAAUCCUCGAGUGGCAGCCUAUCCUUUUACCACUUUGAGACCUCAAUUGGGUGUUAUUAUGUAUGAUGAUCUCAGACAAAUAACAAUGGCUGACUUACCUGGGCUCAUCGAAGGAGCUCAUCUGAAUCGUGGGCUGGGUCAUCGAUUCCUCAAACACAUCGAGCGAACGAAACUUUUAGUCUUUAUGAUAGAUAUCAAUGGUUUCCAACUAAGCCAUGAAUAUCCACACCGAAAACCUUUUGAAACUAUUGCUCUUCUCAACAGAGAACUAGAACUGUACGGUAAAGAUAUUCUUUCAAAACCUACAUUACUCAUCAUCAACAAAAUGGAUACUGAAGGAGCGCAAAAAAAGUGGGAAAAAUUAAAAGAUCUACUGUCCAACUACAAAGAAAAUCUUCAUUUACUACCGAAAGUAAUGCAACCUGAACAACCGAUUGCAUUUGAUGAAAUCUUGAAUAUGUCGGUUCAGGAAGAUCCCAUAUCUGUUCAACAACUUGCUCUUAAACUUCGGCACCAUUUAGAUGUCAAUGCAGAUUAUGAAAUAAGCCAGUUACCAGUCCAGCAGCUUGAAGAUGAUAUCCAAGUCGCGAAACAAAGGAAAAAACUGCAAAAUGCGUUAACUGAACAUAGUUCAUCGAGUUUAAUAUGAUGUGUAUUACUUCUGAUUAGAUCUUUUAAAAAUAA